AUGGCAGAUAAGCAAUCCACGGGGGAUGUUGGGCAGUCAAAGUACUACCAGGAAGCAUUGCAAGAAUACAAGGAUCUCAUGCAAGAUGACGAGGAACCGGACACCUGGGAUGUAAGAAUUAAUAAGACAGGUUGUUACAUCGAGAAUAUGGCACUGCAACUCUGCCGUGCUGAAACUGGUGAUUGGAGACAAUGUAUGCUCGAAAUGAAUGCCUUUAGAAAGUGCUGGGAACUUCAUGGUAAUAGAGAACGUGUACAUACAGUAGAUAAAGAAGAGUUUUCAAAACAAAGUAAAUAG